GUCAUUCGGGGUCAUGACCUCGCUGACUGUAAAUAUUGUCUGCAGAAUGUGGCGGGGCUAAGUUGUGAUGUCACAAUGAAACUCCGUAUAAGACUUCAUAGAAGAACAGAAAAAAUCGAUAUAAGUGACGAGGAACCAACGGUACGGAAUCUGAACGAUGCCGUCGCUGUCGUUUUUGGAUUGCAGAUAGGAUCAUUCAAUACAAGUCUAAACGGAAGGGAUCCUCUUAUAGGGGAUGAAACCAAACUGUUGAAAGAUUAUGACAUUGUAUCAGGGAACCUGAUAAGAGUUCUUUUGAAUGCUGACGCAGCUGAAGCUGCAGAUCUUUUACAUCAUCACCACCACCAGCAGCAACAACAACAACAACAACAACAACAACAACAGCAGCAGCAUCAUCAGUACAAUGAACCACAACAAUCUCAAAGUACAGAGAGCACAGCUGAAGGACUCAGUGAUGGAAUACAGAAAGCUGAAAUCUGUUCAGCUAAUGCUGCUGUUGCUAUGGAAACAGAGGAAAGUAGUGUAGCUGAUUUAUCUGAACCAAUGUUGUGUCGAGAUGCAUCAAGUGAUGCAGUGCCAUUGCGAUUACAUGCAUUAUUUACAGAAACUCAUGCAAUGAAUGCAAAUGAAGCUCUGUGUAUCGUCUUAAAUGUACUCAUGCUGGAAACUGGAUAUUGUGCUAAAGUACACACAUCUUCAAAUCAAGAAAAAGAACAGGAGAUAACUAGUGUCAUAGAAACAGAAAAUGUUGGUACCAGUACUACUGAUGAGUCGGUGAGCAUUGAUGCAACACUUGCUAUGCCUGUUGACUGGAAAAGACCUGGAGCUUAUCGAUUGACAUAUACCCAUCCUGCUUGUGAGGGGGCUAUUUGCACUAUCACGUGUGUUCCAUUGGGAAAUAUUGUUAUGGUACAUGGUCUGAUUGAUGGCUUUGAGGGAACUCACUCUCAGUUGAAAAUAAAAGUUUCAGAUUACAUUGGUUUACUGACCGAUGAUACAGCCAAAGUGUACAUGAAACUUCCAAUGUUAUCCCGUAUCUUUAAAGAUGAUGUUGCUUAUCCUCUUUUGGCUGCAAUGAGGACAGUUUUAGGUCUAUCCCCUCUGCAUGGUAUUCUAGCAUUGGCUGCUGAACUUCAGUUGAAGAUAUUAAGCUUACUUGAUGUACAAAGUUUAAUUGCUGUCUCCACUGUCUGUAAACAUCUAUGUAUUAUUGCUAAUGAUGCCUCACUAUGGAGAAGAUUGUGUCUUAGAGACUUUGGUAAAUGCCAUCAGCAAAAUGCAAACUGGAAAAGGCUUUACAUUGCUAAGUAUAAAGAAAAAAAAGAAAUGCAACAUCAAAGAAUGGUGCCCCAUCCUGUCUUACCAUUCCAUGGAGUUUUUCAACCAUAUCCCCAACCAAUGCCUCCUGUAUAUCCUCCUGGAUUUGUUGGUGGUGACUACGACUUGGAUCCAUUCAAUUCUGCAUUUCCAGAAAAUCCAAUGAACCCCUUCCGUCCUCGUUUACCAGGAUUCCAUGGUCCACGAUUCGAUCCAUUGAACCCACUUCCCAAUCAGCCAUUUGUUCCCGGACGAGGAGGAGGGCUCAGAGAUUCAAGAGGUUCUGGAAGAGUACCGAACUAUAGAAAUCCAUUUGGAGGAGGCUGGGGAGGUGGAGGUGGUAUAAUAUGA